AGUAAAUAAUAAUAUAACUAUGGCGCACAUACCAGCAGCAACAUUGGGUAACAAGAAUAAAAAACAUUUUCUUGGAGUACCGGCACCAUUAGGAUAUGUGGCAGGUGUUGGUCGAGGUGCAACCGGGUUCACCACACGUUCUGAUAUCGGUCCUGCACGAGAUGCAAACGAUGUAUCAGACGAUCGGCAUGCACCACCGGCAGCAAAGCGAAAGAAAAAGGAGGAAGAAGAGGAAGACGACGAGGACUUGAAUGAUUCGAAUUACGACGAGUUCAGCGGCUACAGUGGGUCACUAUUCUCCAAGGACCCGUACGACAAGGACGACGCGGAAGCCGAUGCCAUAUACGAGAGCAUUGACAAGCGGAUGGACGAAAAACGCAAAGAGUACCGCGAGAAAAGACUUAAGGAAGAUCUCGAGCGCUAUCGCCAAGAAAGACCUAAAAUUCAGCAGCAGUUUUCAGAUCUCAAGCGAAACCUCAUUGCCGUAUCGGAAGAGGAAUGGGCCAACUUACCAGAGGUCGGAGACAGUCGCAACAAAAAACAGCGCAAUCCGAGGGCAGAAAAGUUUACCCCACUUCCGGACAGUGUACUCUCGCGCAAUCUUGGCGGUGAGUCAGCUUCGGCAAUCGAUGGUCGAUCGGGACUGGCUUCAAUGAUACCCGGUGUUGCCACACCGGGUAUGCUGACACCUAGUGGAGAUUUGGAUUUGCGAAAGAUCGGACAGGCGAGAAACACGCUCAUGAACGUAAAACUGUCGCAAGUGUCCGAUUCCGUUGCCGGUCAAACGGUCGUCGAUCCGAAGGGCUACUUGACGGAUCUGCAGAGUAUGAUUCCCACAUAUGGUGGAGACAUAAAUGACAUUAAGAAGGCACGCAUGCUGUUGAAGAGUGUGCGUGAAACAAAUCCUUACCAUCCGCCGGCAUGGAUUGCCUCAGCUCGGUUGGAAGAAGUGACCGGAAAGCUGCAGAUGGCGCGUAACCUGAUCAUGCGCGGAUGUGAGCAGAACCCGCAAAGCGAGGACCUCUGGUUGGAAGCUGCACGGUUGCAACCUCCGGACACGGCGAAAGGCGUCAUUGCGCAGGCUGCACGUCGAAUUCCGACAUCGGUUCGCAUCUGGAUCAAGGCAGCCGAUCUAGAGACGGAGCCGAAGGCGAAACGACGCGUGUUCCGCAAAGCUCUCGAGCACAUUCCCAAUUCCGUACGGCUGUGGAAGGCUGCCGUCGAGAUGGAAAACCCGGAGGACGCCAAAAUCCUGCUGUCCCGCGCAGUCGAGUGCUGCGGCACGAGUGUUGAGCUGUGGUUGGCGUUGGCUCGUCUGGAAACGUACGAAAACGCUCGUAAGGUCUUGAACAAAGCUCGCGAAAAGAUCCCCACCGACCGACAGAUAUGGACGACGGCCGCAAAGCUGGAGGAAGCGAACGGAAACAUACACAUGGUGGAAAAGAUCAUCGACCGAGCGCUGUCGUCGCUAAGCGCAAAUGGUGUGGAGAUCAAUCGCGAUCAGUGGCUGCAGGAAGCGAUGGAAGCGGAGAAAUCGGGCGCCAUCAAUUGCUGCCAGGCGAUCGUGCGUGCUGUCAUAGCGACCAACAUUGACGAGGAAGAUCGCAAGCAAACGUGGAUUGAUGACGCUGAAAAUUGUGCCAAGGAAGGUGCAUUUGAGUGCGCUCGGGCCGUGUACAGCUACGCGCUGACCGAAUUCCCGUCAAAGAAGAGUAUUUGGCUACGUGCGGCAUACUUCGAGAAGAACCACGGCACUCGCGAGAGCCUCGAGACGCUGCUACAAAAAGCCGUCGCACAUUGCCCGCAGUCCGAGGUGCUAUGGUUGAUGGGGGCGAAAUCGAAGUGGCUGGCCGGUGAUGUGCCCGCCGCCCGGUGUAUCUUGUCGCUGGCCUUUCAGGCCAACCCGAAUUCGGAGGACAUCUGGCUAGCGGCCGUCAAGCUGGAGUCAGAAAAUGCAGAGUACGAGCGGGCUCGACGGUUGCUCGCGAAGGCUCGUGCCUCUGCACCAACUCCGCGCGUCAUGAUGAAGUCGGCCAAGCUCGAGUGGGCCCUGAACAAUCUUGAGGAUGCGCUUAAUCUGCUCGAGAAUGCCGUGAAGGUGUUUCCUGAUUUCGCCAAGCUCUGGAUGAUGAAGGGCCAGAUCGAGGAACAAAAAGGGUUGCUUGAACAGGCGGCGGAAUCGUACAAUGUCGGAUUGAAACGGUGUCCAACCUCGAUACCGCUUUGGUUGUUGCUGGCGGCUUUGGAGGAAAAACGUAACCUGCUGACGAAGGCACGCUCAGUAUUAGAACGGGGCCGGCUCAAGAACGCCAAGAACGCGCUACUGUGGCUGGCUGCCAUCCGCAUUGAGAUACGCGCCGGGAUGAAAGAUAUGGCCAACACGCUGAUGGCUCGAGCUCUUCAGGACUGCCCGAACGCCGGUGAACUGUGGGCGGAAGCCAUUUUUCUCGAGGCGAGGCCGCAAAGGAAAACAAAAUCCGUCGACGCUCUGAAAAAAUGCGAACACGAUCCCCAUGUCCUGCUGGCCGUUUCCAAGCUGUUUUGGAGUGAAAGGAAAACCCAAAAAUGUCGCGAUUGGUUUAACCGGACGAUAAAAAUUGAUCCGGAUUUCGGGGACGCAUGGGCGUAUUUUUACAAGUUUGAACAACAGCACGGUAACGAACAACAACAGGGUGAGCUGAUAGAGCGGUGCAAUGCCGCAGAACCGAAGCACGGUGAGGAAUGGUGCAAAAUGAGCAAGGAUAUCGCCAACUGGUGCUUCAAAACAGACGACGUCCUGAAGGCAGUAGUGCGCAAUCUACCCACACCGAUUUAAGAGAACACUGGCAAACUGGCAGCAGUGUAUGUGGCCUCUUUCAACCAUGUUUGCCAAACAGAGUAAUACUUUUCCCAACGUUAGGCGCUCGCGAAUUCAGAAUAAGCAACAGACAUGCUACUAGAUAUAGAUGUUCAAAAUUAUUCGCGCUUUCAAAACACGAAAUUUGUUUGCGUUCGCGUUUAUUGUACUUCAAUAGGUUCUACUUCGUAAUGGGUAUGAACAUGGGGACCUUUUCGUUCAUAUUCAAUGAAGUAUCAAUAUAUCCUGGCAUAAACACUCACAUAGCAUGAAAAAUUUGAUGAUAAAUGUCGAGUUUUCAUUGACGGUAACACGUAUCGUGCAAGUGUGAUUGUAAUAGAAAAUUGCUGGUUAAUAUGUUGGAUAAUAAAUUUAUCUUUCCAAGCUUUUAAUAGUAGAUAGUCUUUAAAGCUAUACGUAGCAUUAUAAAUAA